ACUAAAAGCAUGCUGAUAAUGCUUGUCUGUCACUAAAGCCCGCACUUGCACACUUACUGCGUGUAGGAAUCCGCCAUGGGAGAAGACAACAAUCAGAACUCCCAAGGUUUACAGGAAACCGGGGAGGACGGGGACUCGGAACCGGUGAAAGGAAAAAGAGGGGAAUCUCGAGAUGAAAAAAUGGCGAAUAACUGUGAUAAGGAGCGAGUGAGUAGUGAAAGCAGGAGUGGUUGUGCCGUUGGGAACAGUUCAAGAAACGAAUCAAAAGCAUCUGAAUUGGAAACCCUAACGUCCGUACAGCUGUCUCAGGCUGCUUUAGCUGAUUUUGAUGAAUCCUCUCACCGUUUGUCAGAGGUUCCAGUGGAGUACUCUCUCCAACCGAUACAAUCAGAUGAAAAAUUGAAGGAACAAGCAAAAGCAGUGCACGAUAAAUCUCUUGAAAGUGUUACUGGUAUACCUUCAGAGGUUCAGAAAUCAGUACCUAAUGCUCCUUCAGUGUCACCUGAAUCUUUUGUUAAGUCUGUUUCCUCUAUUCCGAAUUUGCUUCUGGUAAAGGAUGGGAACCACACUAGCAUUUCAGAAGGGGAUAAGCUGAACUCUCCGAAUUCCAAAAUUUUAUCUAAUAGGACUGUGCUGAAAACUUCUGAUGGGUACAAUUGGCGCAAAUAUGGUCAGAAGCAAGUGAAGAGUCCGGAAGGUUCGCGUAGCUAUUACCGAUGCACGUUCUCCGACUGUUAUGCCAAGAAGAUUGAGUGUUGUGAUCCUUCUAACCGUCUCAUAGAGACAGUUUACAGAAGCCACCACAAUCACGAUUCUCCUCAGAAACUAAAUUGCGCGAAAGAAAGUUUGCCAGCAUUACCUGUUGUUCCCUUUAGUGGGGACAAUGAUUCUUUUCGUCCAGUGAUAUGUUUGAAUGAUACAGUAAAAGAUAAUAAGUUAAAACAAUCUAUACCUCGACCACAGAAGUCAAGUGAUUCUGAUGAGACCACAGAAGUCAAUAUGGAGGAGCAAAAGAGAAAUUCUUCUGGUGAUCUGGAGUCCGUGCCUAAAUCUGGAACUGGAAGGAAGCCCAAAUAUGUUGUUCAUGCAGCUGGUGAUGUUGGAAUAUCAGGAGAUGGUUACAGAUGGCGCAAGUAUGGACAGAAAAUGGUGAAGGGUAAUCCUCAUCCAAGGAACUACUACAGAUGCACCUCAGCUGGCUGUCCUGUUCGGAAGCACAUCGAAGGAGCCAUUGAUAACACAAAUGCUGUAGUAAUAACAUACAAGGGAGUGCACGAUCACGACACACCAUGUCCUAGAAAGCGCCCAAAGAGUAGUGUUAUUGCUGAUUCCCCUCUUAUCUCAGACGAUCUGCUGAACAAGGGAAACCAGUCGUCUAACGGUCAAACCAAGUGGUCGGUGGACAAAGAAGAUGAAUUGAUGGGUGAGCCCCUCAACGUGGUUGGUGAGAAAGCAUCUGAGCCGACGAGAACACUCGUGGGCAUUGGGAUUGAGGUCAAGCCUUGCUGAACUCAAUUUAUUCCCUACUAUUUAUCUUUUAGUUAUUUGUUCAAACUAUUUUUCCUUUUUGUUUUCUUUCUUUCUUUUUAUUUUUUUGUUGUGAUGUGAUAUUUAAUUGUUGUAGUUUGAGGUUAGUUUUAGUUUGUAUGGUACUUCUGUAUCGAAAACCUUGUAACAAUAAUAAGAGUAGAAAAAGAAGGUUAAACACUUGAUUGUAAUGGUAGUUUGUAAUGUGAUUGGCUGUAACUAUGAAAUGAGCCAUUUAACACUUGAUUGUAAUUGUAGUUUGUAAUGAGAUUGGCUGUGACUUGAUAUGAGCCAUUUUUCAUGUGAUAUAGCAUGCCCAACUCGGUCUUGAACUGGGGCUCUCUGAUGCGAACCGAAC